UCCAACAGGUCUUAUUAAUCAGGCUGUUCAUUGAUAGGGUAACAAACUACCGGGUUAGCCGACGACCGACAAUACCAGAUACACGUAAAUAUUUUUGCCAGCGGUGACGAUGUACGUACGAGGAUUGCCGUCGUUGCUAUCGUAGCACAUGCGUAUAUUACACUCGAACUUUAUCGGAAGAUAUCUGAGCCGCGUAUCUGUAAUAAGAUAACGCGCGUGUUCGUCGAUUAAAACUGCCGCGCCUCUGGCCUCACGUUGGCGGUGUUGGUGUGCCCGUUGCUCCGUUUUCGUGAAAAGAAAGGAAGUCUAUCGUUUCGGAAUUCUAAAACGACACCGUGUCGACGGUACCGCGCCAUUAUGUGAUUGAACGACCAGUUUCGCUGCCGCACCUGUACAAAAAGUAGCGUGCUCCGCCGUGUGCCGCCGCGAGUGACAAAAAAAAAAAGAGAAAAGAAGAGAGAUACUCGAACGAAUUCGGAUUUACCGUAUACAGCAUGACUAUACGGCUCCAAGAGGUGGUGAGGUCGGAAGUGGAAGGUGGUUUGACAGGACCAGCCAACCCGAUACCGGACGAGUCGAUCGACUGCGGUUGUGCACAACUGCCAUGUCCGAAAUUAACGAGAUUCGCGACACGACGAUUGUUCAUCGGACUGCUGGCAUGGGUCGGCAUCAUUCAGGGAGCUGCGUAUGCGUAUUUAUACGUGGCUGGACCCACGAUCGCAAGGAGAUUCCAAAUAGAUCCAUACCUGAUGGAAUGGAUCUUGAGGGUGCCAGAUUUGACACCAUUCCUUGUUGGUCUAAUUGUUGCCUACUGGGGUGACAGGAUUCACAGAGUGGCAUGGGUCGGCGGUAUAAUUCUCAUACAAAGCGUGUCGUUUUUCAUAAUGAUCAUUCCCCAUUUGACGCAUCAAAUUAAAAUCAUCCAAGAGACUCAGAACAUGACACGCACGUUGUAUCACUACGCAGAGGAUAAUUACGAAUUAUGUUCCGAAACUCCGACUAACAUAGUGGCGAGAGAAGAGGAGCCCUGUUACUUUACACUCGCUGUAUUGAUUGCCGUACAAAUUAUAAACGGCAUUGCAAAUGUAUCGUACUACGCAUUAGCCAUUCCUUAUCUGGAUGACAACACAAAGAAGAAGAACAUUGGUGGUUUUAUCGGGGUCGCCAUUGCUGUGAAAAUCGUGGGUGUUCUUCUAGGAUUCAUCCUGGCGUGGGUGUGUCUCAGGUUAGACACAACAACGCUGACUGAAAUUGACACCUACAGAGAGCAUAUCGGUGCAUGGUGGCUGGGACUGCCAAUUUUUACAUUGUUACUUAUAGUACCUGGUUUAUUAUUAUCAUGGUUCCCUAGAAUGCUACCAUCUGAGCAGCUUGUUGAACGUGCCGCAGCUUCGUUGUUGUAUAACACCAUGGACAGACGACCGCCUCGUCGAUUGUUAAGCGAGAAAUCGGAAGACGACGGUUUCUUCUCGUCUGUGGGCAGAUUAUUCGUUAACAAAAUUUUAAUAUUCAUCGUUCUUGCGUGUGCAUUUUACAUGAUGGCCAUGAUGAACUUUAUGGCUUACGAGAAUCUUAUUAUACAAUCGAGAUUCCACGUGUCGAAGCCGAUUGGGAAGUUACUCGGUUUCAAUGAUCCAUUAGUCUCCAGGCUGACAAUAAACAUUUUGAAGCCCAUUCUGAUUGGCCUGAUCGUGAUGGUUUCGGGCCUGAUAAUGUCAAAAGCGAAACCUAGCGCCAGAGGUGUUCUGUCGUACGGUAUAGUAGUCACGAUUUUAUCGACCGUGAUCAUUAGCGUACUUACUCUAACAUCUUGCGAGAAGAAACCUAUCGUUGGCAGCAACGCGAAAGGAGAAAUUUCGUUACUACAAUACUGCAACAGGCAUUGCGGUUGCUCGAAAGACGCCGAAUUCCAUCCGAUUUGUGACGACAGGAAAAUGGUCACCUAUUAUAGUCCCUGCCAUGCUGGAUGCACCACUUCGGAAAUCAAGGACGGUAGCACGAUUUACAGCGAUUGCCUUUGCUUAAAGAAUACAGAAAUGUACGAAGGACCUUGCGAUCCGAGCAACUGUCAAACUGCAUGGGUACUUUUUGAGCUUGGCACUUUGCUGGUCUACGCCCUGAUCGCGUCAAUGUUCGCCGGAGACUUCUUAAUAGUUCUAAGAUCGGUGUACAAGCAGGACAAGUGUCUCAGCAUAGCUUUCUGGAUGAUGUGGUCCACCAUUUUUGUGAAUGUUGUCGGAAAGUUCGCAUACGACGCGAUAGCCGACUUAACAUGCAGAUACCGGGAAUCUCAAUUUAAACCGUGUCGCCUCCAUCACAGUACAAGCCUCGGAAACUAUUUAUGCUAUUUGACAGGAUCCAUCUUAGCCUUGAGUUUUCUGAUCAAAUUCAUUCUGUGCUUCUUCUGCAAGGACUUGCAGCUUUACACGCAGCAAAGCAAGGGGCCCUCGACUGGCACUGAAAUGCAAAAUCUGAUGUCGAGAAUAGCUAGAACUCAGCCGUCCAGUGGAAACGAUAACAACAACACGGUUCAAAUAGACGUGACGAACGAAGCAGAGCCAAAGCCGCCGGAGGACGUUCAAAGCGGUCAAAGAGCAGACGAGUCGAAGUCGCCGGAGUCCGUGCCGCUGAAGUUCGGUCCCCUGGGGCCAGGUAAUCGUCGAGCAGCUUCCAAGUCCUCUCUGAGCCAGGCAUCGCAAUCACGGCGGUCCGACGUCCCUACCUUAGACUCCGAGGACGAUUUGAGUAGCAGCGACGAAGAGGGCAGAAGGGCUUCUAUCCCGAAGGUGGCCUACAGACCGCUGGACAUCGACUCUGACGUGGAGAGCGACCUAAGCAGCACGGCGCCAAGGUCGCGCAAACGCAUCCACAGCAAAGACUACGACCGCGUGUACAGCGACCCGAUUCCAUCGGUGUUGCAAUCGCCAACGCGCCGAGAGUUCCCUGAUCCUGCCAACUACGGGGACCCGAGACUAGCUAGACAGCAGCAGCCGCACCAGAACGGCUACAUAGACGGCUCCCGGAAGACCAACAGCUUCGAGUACUCGAAGAACGAUCAGUCGAAGAAGGGUGACUUCAACGAGGUCGGCAUACCUGUCGUCGGCGACGAUCCCUCGGUACCGCCCGACAGUUCGUUCAUCAAAGAUGUGAAGUCGCUGAUCAACCAGUACGAGCACAAAGCUGAUGAGCCCGACGCGGAUGCAGAGACGACCGUGUCCGGAGAAAGUGCACGGCCCAAGAUGGUUGUCGGUAGCAUUCCUCUGGUAGCUAUGGCGCCGACCGGACGUUCCAGGGGCCAGUCUUCUUCAGGGUUCAGCAGCUUCAGCGACGGUAACCGGCAGGAAGAACGACCGGAGUCCGACCAAAGCGACAGCCCGAAGACGUCCGUUGACAAAGGUAGCAAAGGAACGUUGCACACGGAUUUUUAGUGGCACCGGUCUUCGGUUCGGUUGUGGGAAGACGAAGCCGAACGACGAACAAUCGCGCCAAGUUAUCAUACUGCCUGUACUUUUUUCAUGUUUUAUAUGAGAACGCAUAAAAGUAUUUUAUUUAUUUGAAACGUCCGGCUCUAUUUCCUUCUAGCUCUUCGAGCAUUGUACGUCGGUGCAUACGGCGUGUCGUAUGACAUUUUAGGUGCAGUUCGUUUGCUAAAUGUAUCAUAAGAACGAUUACGUGUACGCAAGUUAAUUAGAUAGAAAUUCUAUGAAAUAGUGCAAUUUAAUGAUAGAGGGAACGCGAAGAAUAUGAUUGUUGAAGGGAGUCGUUUAAACGGAAAAUUUCUCGCAACGAUGAAGAGCGAUUUUCUGUCGUUUAUUGAUUAGAGUGCGAAAGAUAGAGAACGAUGAUCCAAGAAUGACGACACGGGCUCGAGACGAGAUUUGUUACAAUUUCGGAACGACUCGGUUGUGAUCAUGAAAGAAUUCUUCACGGUGUUAUUGUAAUUUUUCAUUUAGUUCGAUGCAUACUGUAAGUAUUCCUAGGAUAAGAAUUUUAAUAAAAACUGACAAUGAGAACUUGAAGCAACAUUUCGUACCACUGCUGCAGCGUAUUUUCACGGGACUGCGAAGACCGGGAUCGAAAGGGAUUAAAAAUCUAUCGUAGAAAUUGUCAGAAAUUUUUGCUAUACGAUGCAAAAUUAUAGACGAUGUACACGCGUCUGUAUACAAUAUAAACACAAUUAAUAUACAAGUGUAGCUCCAAAUAAACGUUUGAAGAAAAACAUUUUUAUUACAGAG